UUUCUUGUUAAAAAGAUGAUUUCUUUUUCCUUCAAACACUUUUCUUUUUUGCCCUUUAUGAAACAUCCCUAAAAAAUUAGAAUCACUCUAGUAAAUCCAAUUAGCAAUUAUCAAAUCAACCCUUGACAACUCCUCCACUACUCCCUUCUUCUCCUUCAUUUUCCUAUUUAAACCUCAUUUUCCUUUCUCUCUCUUCACCAAUCCACAAUAAUGGCUCCCAAAUCUUCUAUUACAGACCUGGAAAACAACCAACCUCUCCUCCGGGUCAAACCCGACCCAAACCCAUCCCAACCCAACUCAUCAACCCACAAACCCAUCAAACGAAUAGCAAUACUCACUCUCUCCUUAAUCUUCAUUCUUGUCAUCGUCUCAUUACCCUCAGACAAUCAAAAAGUGUCAGAAAAAGCGUCGGAGAAAGUGUCGGAGAUUUCUCCGACGAUCAUUUCUCGGGGAAAAAGAGAAGGAGUGUCGGAAAAGGUUUAUAGAGGAGAAAGGGAUGGAUUAUCCUAUGAAUGGACAAAUGAUAUGUUGUUAUGGCAAAGAAGUGGUUACCAUUUUCAGCCUCAGAAAAAUUGGAUGAAUGAUCCUAAUGGUCCACUGUAUCACAAAGGAUACUACCAUCUGUUCUACCAAUACAACCCUGAAUCAGCUGUGUGGGGUAACAUUACAUGGGCCCACGCAGUUUCAACGGACAUGAUUCACUGGAAGUACCUCCCAGAUGCAAUGGUUCCUGAUCAUUGGUAUGAUGUCAAUGGUGUUUGGACAGGAUCCGCUACGAUCUUGCCAGAUGGCAACAUCAUGAUGCUUUACACUGGUGAUACUGACCAAUUGGUGCAAGUCCAGAAUCUAGCAUACCCUGCCAACCAAAUGGAUCCCCUCCUUCUUGACUGGGUCAAAUACUCGGGUAAUCCGGUUUUGACCCCACCAGAAGGAAUCGGGUCUAAGGACUUUCGGGAUCCAACCACAGCGUGGGUGGAUCCCAAUGGAAUCUGGAGAAUUAUAAUUGGAUCCAAAAAGGAUAAAACCGGUAUUUCACUAGUUUAUAAGACUACGGAUUUUAAGAAUUUUGAGCUGGAGGGUAAUUUACAUGGGGUACCGGGUACGGGUAUGUGGGAAUGUGUGGAUUUUUACCCCGUGUCAACCACGGGCCGAAAUGGACUCGAUACUUCGGCUUAUGGGCCGGGUAUGAAGCAUUUGUUAAAGGCUAGUUUGGAUGAUACUAAGGAGGAUCAUUAUGCAUUGGGAACCUAUGAUGUGGUAAAUCAAAAAUGGGUACCCGAUAACCCGGAAAUGGAUGUUGGUAUUGGGUUGAGAUUGGAUUAUGGAAAGUAUUAUGCAUCAAAGACAUUUUUUGACCAGAAUAAACAGAGGAGGAUUUUGUGGGGGUGGGUUGGAGAGACUGAUACUGAGGCUGAUGAUUUGUUGAAGGGAUGGGCUUCUAUGCAGACAAUCCCAAGGGUUGUGACCUAUGAUGCAAAGACAGGUAGCAACAUCCUGCAAUGGCCUAUUGAGGAAUUGGAUUCUUUGAGAACAGAACACACAGAAUUUGAUAAUCUGAAAUUACAACCAGGAUCCAUCAUUAACCUUAACAUAACCUCUGCUGCACAGCUGGAUGUAAGUGCUGAAUUUGUGAUUGAUCCAAAGGCAUUGGAAUCAAGUGUAGAAGAUAAUGUGAUCAACAAUUGCAGUACUGCAGCUGUUAGGCAAGCAUUAGGCCCAUUUGGGCUUUUGGUUUUGGCUGAUGAAUCACUCUCUGAGUUGACUCCUGUUUACUUCUACAUUGCUAAAGCCUCUGAUGGAACUCUCAAGAAUUGGUUCUGUACCGAUCAAUCAAGAUCAUCAAGGGCCAAUGGCGUUGAUAAAGAAGUAUACGGUGGACCGGUUCCGGUUCUAAAUGGUGAAAAAUACAGCAUAAGAGUACUAGUUGAUCAUUCAAUUGUAGAAGCAUUUGGGCAAGGAGGGAGGACAUGUAUAACCUCAAGAAUAUACCCAACGAAGGCACUAUAUGGAAAAGCCAGGGUUUUUGUCUUCAACAAUGCAACUGAUUCCAGUGUUACAGCUUCUGUCAAGAUGUGGAAACUAGAAUCUGCUCAUCUUGGUCCAUAUAUUUUUUGAUCAUAUAUCAUUACGUGAUCCAUUUUUUGUACCAUUAAAUAUUGAUUUCAAUUUUUUUUAAAAUAAAAAAUAUUCAUAAUUAUUGUUAAAAAAAAUAAUAUAUAUGCGGCGACAGCGGAAUAUACCGAAUAUGAUGAUGAUGAUGGUGAUAAUUAUCGCAAACCUUGUUAUACUAUUACCAAAUGUAUUCUACUUUUGUAAGAUCAUCCAAAGAAAAAUGGUUAUAAUUAACAUCAUAUAUAGUUUGAUAAUUCAACCAAUAAUGGCCCAUUAAUUGUAAAUUUAUUUAUGUUGUGUGUUUAAUUAUUAUUAUUCUAAAACCAUGAGAAAAAUUGUAAUAUUGAGAUGAUGUAAAUAAUGUAUUUUCCUUGUAUUUUUAAUAUCUACUUAUUUCUUGAAUAGUGUUUGAUCUU